UUUCGAAUUUCGCUAGAACGGUUAGCGGUUCAUUGAAGUUGCGCGCGGGGCGAGUGGUUUAUCAUUAAUAUUUGUAUUUGCUGCGUAAUUGUGAUACUCGGUUUCUGCGCCGUGAAUAUGCAGUUAUUUUUCCUGCUAACCUGCGUGGUUAUGCUGCUCCAUUCUGGAACUGUGUUUGCGUCCAAAAUGGAGUUCUUCUCUUCGGUGCAUCAAAUGUCAAAAUUAGUGCAAUUUGAAGGUGUUCUCUUAAAGCAUAUGCAAAAAUAUGUAGAGAUUAAUGAAAAUAAAUUGGAUUUUCUCAAGGCUCGUUUGGCCGAAUUGGAAAGUGAUCGUUAUGAAGCGCUACUGGAAGGCUUGGACUAUUUUGACAGUCCGGUAAACAAAUAUUUAUUGACAAAACAUUUAACUUUGGACUGGGAGCGUGUUGAAAAUAUUAUGCAACAUGAUUCGGGAAAAAAAGCGCUCAGUAAAAUAGAACAUUACGUUAACGUCCAUCCAUUCCCCGAAGUUUCCGAUUUAGAAGGAGCUAUUGCCGGCUUUUUGCGCAUACAAGAUGUCUACCGGUUGAAAACGUCUGAUAUGGCUCAAGGUAUUCUAGAGGGUGUGAAAUACAACGGGGUAAUAGAUGCACGACUCUGUUGGGAUAUUGCGAAAUAUGCUGAAAAGGAAAAUCAAAUGCGACUAGCACAUGCUUGGGCCUUGGAAGCACUACAACGUUUGCACAAAGCCGAAGAGAACACCGGCGAACUGCAGUACGUGUCGGAGAAAACCGAUGAAGCCGAAGUUUUGGAAUUAUUGGCGAAGACUAAAAGGCACUUGGGUGAUUUGAAGGGCGCAAACCAAACCUAUGCUGAGCUUGUAGCAUUGCGACCGGAUGUCGAGAACUAUACGAAGAGCUACUUAGAUUUCCAGUUAGAAAACAUGUUGGGGGAAUAUUCGACUGUUGAUCUCACCGACGAGCACGAGCCCCUGCCAGCGCACCUGCACAGCACCGAUGAGUUCACGCGCUACAAACACACCUGCAAUGGUUUGCUUAAGCAAACUCCAAGCGAGGAGCGUGAAUUGCGUUGCGGCUAUCUCACCGAAACCCAUCCAUUUCUACUGAUCGCACCCAUUAAAGCCGAAGAGUUAAAUCAUGAUCCGUUUCUUGUGGUUUAUUACGAUGUUGUGUCGGAUGCUGAAAUCGAGAAAAUGAAGACUUUAUCCAAUAACCAUAUAGUGCGAGCAAAAGUGAUGGGUUACAACGAGAGCCUAAUCUCGCCGGUUCGCACAAGUCAAUUUGUCUUCCUGCCAAAGCAGUCACACAAACUACUGCAAGCGAUUGAUAUGCGCGCUGCGCAUAUGUCUGAUUUGAAUAUGGAUUUUGCAGAAGAUCACCAAUUUCAGAAUUAUGGCAUAGGCGGACACUACGGACAACAUUACGACGCGUUUGAAUUGAAGGCGGAGAGCUUCAUAAGUAAUCCUGAAAUGGGUAAUCGGAUUGCAACUCUGCUUUUUUAUUUAACGGAUGUUGAGCAGGGCGGUGGCACUGCCUUCCCCUACCUCAAGCGUCUGUUGAUGCCCAGGAAGGGCGCUGCGGCGUUUUGGUACAAUAUGCAUGCCGACGGUGUAAGGGACCCACGCACUCUUCACGGCGGCUGUCCGAUUAUUGUGGGCUCAAAGUGGGUGCUCAAUCGUUGGAUACGCGAAUAUGUGCAGAGCGACAGACGACCUUGCGAGUUGUGGCCUGACAGCGGCCUUUGAAGGCUUUUCAUGGCAUUGAUAUAUUUUAAUGUUUAAGUAUUAUAUUUAUGUAAAGUCGAUUUCGUUAACUCAAUUCGGAUGAGGCUGUUUAUUUUAGUGGUGAAAAAUAAAAUAUUUUCUUCAAAAUACUUACACGAUCUGCAAAAUCCAAUACCGAAAAGUUAAAGUAAGCAAAGCCGUAAAUUAGUUUUAAGUGUUUCUUUUAAUUAUUGUGUGUAUUUUCUGCAGAAUGUUCAGCAAUAAAGUUAGUUCAUUUCACUAUUCAUUAA